AUGGGUUGCUGUAUAAGCACCCCAAAAGAUGACCAAAAUACCCUCAAAAACCAAGAAAAUCCCAUGCAAGAAGCAAAAUGCAGAGUUCCAAAACCACAGCCACAAUCAAAAUCACCACCACUUACAGUUGAAGAGCCACAAUCAAAAUCACCACCACUUACAGUUGAAGAAGAAUAUGUGAAAGAAGUUCUAUCUGAAACUGAAACACCCAUUUCAAAACCUGGAAAAGUUUCAAUUUUAACACAAGAAACAAAGACCCAAAUGCAUAAUAUGGAGAUUACAAAAGAACCCAUCAUGAACAAAGCGUUUGAGGAACCCUCUGAAGUUUCUCUACUUUCAGAAACAUGCAGUGUAGGUGAGAGUUUCUCCACCACUACCACCGCCACCACCGUGCCGGAAUCGAGAGAAGACGAAGUUACAAGCAAGCGAAGAAUCAGAGAGAGAACUCGGAGCCUGAAUCGAAAUCGAAAUGGAAAUCACUCCGACGUAUCAAGGAAGCAUUCUUACACAGUUGAGGGGAACAGAAUCAGAGGGAGAGAGCGACGCCGGCCCAAAUCACCGGCGAUGACACCCGAUAUUCCACCGGAGAAGAAGGUUGUAGUGAAUGCAGGAUCGGUUCGCCGGAGGGAGUUUCCCGAAAAAGUCCGCCGUGAUCCCGGUGAGAAUGUCCGCCGGAGAUCGAGGUCGCCAUCGUGUCACAGGACGGUUGGCAGCAGUAAUUGUCGGAGUGAGCUCAGGCCAACAGAUAGGGCCGUCCGGCGGUUGCCGCCGCCGGGUAAGCGUGUGAGUGAGGAGGUUAUCGGGGAGACAGACGACGGCGUUUUAAUGGAGGAGUCAAUUAUGAAUCCGCAUGUUUCUUUGGAGUGUUUUAUUUUUCUGUAG